UGACAGUGACAGAAGAGUGUGUGAGGCAGUGGCGUGUUGCCUCUGCAGAUUGACAGUGGCUCUGCAGGUCAGAGUUCGUUACUACAGUGAUCCUGGAAUUGCCAACCUUAAACAGGUGAUUUGCAGUACACCUGACUCCAACCUUUCAUCUCCGAGUUACAAAUCGAGCCACUCUUUUGUCACUUUGACCACAGACAGACCUGUCAUGGGCCAGCAUUUAAACAGUGACACUGCCCAGCGUAACCAGGAUUCUACAGUCUUUCAAGGUUAUCCACAAAAUGUGCCUAGUGAAGCAGGCUACUCAAGUGAGACUGCAGAAGAUUCUGUGCUCCUUCAGUUGCAGCAGCUAAGUCUACCACAAUACUGCUUGCUGUGCUUGUCUCAUUGUGUGCCUCGCCUUGGUCCCAGCGCAGGUCCACAGAGACAGUACCCUGCACUUCUGGCAGCAGAACUUGUUAAACUGCUUGCCAUGUGCAUGAAAUCAAGGGUGUGGUCUUCUUCUGAUCCUGUGGCAUUGGAGGUCAAAGAGCACAUGCAGCAAGUGUUGUUGUUACUGGGAGACGUCUUGGAGAGUCACAGAUCUGGAGAUGUUAAUGAAGAUGCCAACAAGUUAACUUACCUGCAGCUCUUGGCACUGACUCGCAAACUCUUAGUUGCCAUUGUUCCGGUUUCCAUCGCAGACAGCAUCUUGCACCGAAAGUUGAAAAGUGCUCUGUCAAGAAGUUUGCUGGACCUGUCUGUGAUCACUUUAUUUCCAACAUUGCAUGCAGAUAUUCUGCAGUAUGUGAAGGAGUUCCAUAUGGAUUUAUCUGUGAAAUAUGAAAGUACUAUGGCCAUAUGUGCAUCUAUGAAAGCUGCGGUCAGAUUUCUGAAGAAUUAUGAUAAGCUCGAAAGGGAGCUGUUUCAUGUUUUGGAUGAAUCAUUAGCAAGUCUUCCAUUUCAUGAAAACCUGGAUGUAGUGAAACGCUGCGUAGAGAUGGCAGUUAAUAAACCACAUCUUGUGUCUCUUGACGAAAGCAAUCGGAAGGUUGUGACAGGAGUAAUCCUGAAGCUGCUGGCACAUUCUGAGCCUCACGUGAAACUAGAAAUGUAUGGCUGUUGCCAUAAGUAUGUAGUGGCGAUACUUGGUGUGCAGCAAGUGCCACGAACAUCUGCAGACAGUUUGAGACAGCUAGAUUUCUUGUUUGACACUGCAGUUUUAAUAGAAAUCAUCAGCCAUGGAGCUGCAAGCUUAGAGAAGAAGAUACAACUUUAUUCAGAAGAGAUGUUGAUUCAUCUAUUGAAAGGCAAGUUUCUCCUUCCGGAGCCAAUCUGGCGGCGAUUCCUGGAAUGUUUGAUUCCGGCUCUUCCUCUCCUUCAGUGUUAUGCUGACCAGACCACUUCACUUGGUCGAGCUAUAGUUAAAAUAUUUGAUCCAGGGACCGGCCAUUCCAUUCACUUGCCGAGUUCUGAGGGUUUCUGGACUUCACCCAUCACCAAGUAUUCUAAACAGAACAUGGUUGAGAAACUGGAUCUGCUUCCAUUCUCAG